AUGGCCAAUAACGACGCAGGACGCAGUGGAACGGACUACCAGCUGAAGGUUUUUAGACUGACCGCUCUACAGGCCAUUUCAUUACAAGAUGAAAAAUGGGAAUUAUCAACAGAGAAUGAGAAUGCAGGGAAAUUUGAUGAUGUUGUUUUCGAAAGUGGAGAUGGUGGAAUUGAUAUUUUGAUACAAUGCAAACAUAAAAAAUUGAAAUCAAAAGGAAAGAAAAAAUCAAAGGAUCCGGUACUUGAUUGGAAAACCCUCCUUCCGGAAUAUUACAACUCCUAUAAGAUGAAAAUCUGUAACUCAUUCAAACGGAAGCUAUUGAUGAUAUUAUGCUCAAAUAUUGGUCCUUCGGAUGGUGAUUUCCUAGAACCCAUAAAGAUUGCUAUAAUUCCAGGAAAGUACAAAUCUUAUCAAUUCAAAAGCUCAAAAAUUCAAGAGAUUCAAGGAAUAUUGAAUGCAUUUGAUGAUCAUUCACUGAAAUUUUGUGGGGAAAUUAGGUUUCUUCAUAUCGUCGAUUCAGCAAUAGAAGACGGUAUUAAAAACAAACUAGAAGAAGCAAACAGAAUUUUUGGUUUGAAAUUUUCUGAACUUCAUUUUAAAGAGAAAAUAGACGAAUUCUUUCAGGGAAAACUGCAAAAAGAAAGACGUAUCAGAAAGUCGCACGUUAUAGCUUUUUUAUACGACUCGCGACGUCAGGAUUACCUAGAAAAACUAGAUUCAUUCGAAACAGACUUCAGAGAAUUAUAUGCCUUUGGUGAAAAUAAAAUAAUCAAUAUUGUUUCAAUGAAUGAUGAUUUCUUGUACGUACUCAAGAUUCAUAGGAGCUUACUGAAACUCUACAGAAAUGAUCAACUUUUGUUCAUCGACUCAAGUGUUGAAAGCGAAUUUUUGGACAAAAUAAUAAUAUCUUUUGAACUCCCUGGAUACUGCAUACUUGUUAUUUCUCUCAACAACUCCAAUCAUUUCCGUAUUAUUCAAUCCCGUAUAAAUGAUAUAAUAAAUAAAAAACAAUACAAGAAAGUCAUAAUUUUAUCAAAAGAUCCAAUCCAAGAUGAUGUAAUUAAGGAUAAUGUAAUUGAGGAUAGAAUAAAAUUUACUGAUCUCACAGAAGCUUGCCAAACUGCCCUUCUGUCGAAUAAAGUUAAUUUUCAGGGAAAAGAUCUGACUAUCAAAGAGCUCGUGAAUAAUUCAUUGAAUGACAUUGAUUUAAUAAUAGCUCAGGAUACUAUUAUCGACUUGAUAUAUGGUAAAAAUAUCGAAAUAGGUACAGCCAUUAGAGACUUGGGUGAAAUUGAGCAAUAUUACAUAAAGAGGAAAUUUGAACUCGGAAAAAUGGUAUUCACGGAACAAGAUGUGUGCAAUUUCCUUGAUAAACCUGGAAAAUUCUUUCUAAUUUCAGAUAGGGCAGGAAUGGGAAAAACUACUAUCUUAACUAAACUUGGGAGCUUGAUUAAAGAGACAUAUCCCAGUUCCUUCCUCAUAAGAGUCGAUCUGAAUGAGUUUACCAGCAUAUUCAAAGAAUUUCGGAAAGCGAGUAAACAAUCAAUGAAUUUAGAAGAUAUACUACAGUCAAAAGAUAAGAAUUAUUUUAAAAAUAGUUUAGAACAGAAUGUUUUCUCAAAUACAAAAAAUAUCACCCUGAUGGUGGACGCUGUGGAUGAAAUAAGUCCGGACUACACUAGUCUAGUUAACAAUUUUAUGCUUCAAACGUCUGAACGUACAAAUAUUUCUAAAAUAUUUGUUACAACUCGUCCUCAUUUAACGAGGAAUUUGGAAUCCUUCCUGGAAACUGAAUCAUAUCAAUUACUUCCAUACUCAAAUUUAGAACAAACUGAUUUCCUGAUGAAAUACUGGAAGAAGAACCUCAUAAUAGAUGAUAAUGAAAAGCUAACUAAAUGUGAGAUUUAUGCAAAAACUUUGAUAAGCAAACUAGAAGAUUCGAUAGGAAACACCUCUUGGAAUUUCAUAGGUAUUCCACUUCAGACCAGAAUGAUUGCGGAAAUAUUUCAGGGCUCUGAUGACAAGAAAUACCAGUGGGUGUGUUGUAAAGAUUUUUUACUAUCUGAAAAUGAGACCUUGGCAUUACCCGAUAGGAUAAACAUAACUGAAUUAUACGAUAUGUUUGUGGAGAAGAAAUGGGAUAUCUUCAUCGGAGAUAAAUGCGAUCCUCAAGGAAAUGUUAACCUCGAGAAGGCAGUUUCGAAACAAUAUGAAGACGCUAAAAAGGAGCAUCAAAAACUUGCUGCUCGAUUAUUACUCAAUGAUCACCAAUAUUCAUUGAUGAAUGUUUCCAGAACCGUUAAUAAUAUCUCCAAGGAAACUAUCAUCGGAAUGGGAAUGUUACAAGAAAUUGGACACGAGCUAUUGUUUGUGCAUCAAACAUUCGCUGAAUAUUUUUUGGCUGAGGCAAUGUGGGUACAAUUGAAAGAAAUUGAAAAAUGCAAUGAAUUUCUGAUAUUCCUUCUUGAAGACGUGUUUAUAAAAUGGAGAUAUAAAAAAAUCAGAGCUUUUUUUGAGGGCAUCCUCACCAACGAAUACUCCCAAAUCCCAAUGAAGAUUGCCUGGACAGAGAAAACUAUGAGUUUCUUUUCAACCGAAAUCACCAAAUGUGGUUUUAACAAGAUGGCGCUCCUGCCCACAAUGCUGCAUUUGGUUUCACAGAUGUUGCGUCAAAUGUUGAACAAAGAUGGAUUGGUCCAGACGGUCCUGAGCGCUGGCUUGGCCUGCUAG